CCCUGAUCCGUAUCUGCCAGACUGGCUGAACUUUAACACCCCUUAUUCCAUCUUUGCCCCGUCCAUGAUUAUACAUUGACCAAACAGCAAAUAACAUGACAGAUCACCCGGACAAAGCGUGGCCCAGAUGGCUUAAAAACACCGAGCUGGGGAGGUUCUUCCUUGGAGGCUCUCAUCAGGUUUGUGCAGGAAUGGCCUCAGGGCUCAGUGCUCCCCCAGCAGUCACAGCCAGGCUGGUGGUGCUGCUGUCCCUGCUGGGUUUGGCUGUGGGUGGGAAGCUCCUGGUGGUGCCAGUGGACGGGAGCCACUGGCUCAGCAUGAGGGAGGUGCUGGACAGUCUCCGGCAGAAGGGACACGAGGUGGUUGUGGUCGCCCCUGAAGUCACUUUGUACAUCAAACCAUCCAAGAACUUUGUGAUGAAAAUGUACCCGGUGCCUUACACACAGGAAGAGAUAGAGAAAGAAUUACAGGAAUUUAUUCAUAUUUCAUUUGAAGAAGGAUCUUUCCUGUCUCGAUUUCUUAAAGUGUAUGAAGGGAUAAAAAGAAUCACUGCCUUUGGAGUCGCCAGCUGCAAAGAGCUCCUGAAAAACCAAGAGCUCAUCAAGUACCUUGAGGAGAGCCAGUUCGAUGCCAUCCUUACAGACCCUGUCAUACCCUGUGGGCCGAUCCUGGCAGAGCAUCUUUCCCUUCCCUCCGUGUAUUUCCUCCGAGGAAUCCCCUGUGGUUUGGAUUUUGAAGCCACUCAGUGCCCCAAACCCCCUUCCUACGUUCCCAGGCUAUUUACGGACCACACAGACCACAUGACCUUCUUCCAGAGGGUGAAGAAUUUGCUCUACGACUUCCCAAAU